UCGGGCACUCACAUCACCAUUCACCACCUGCCUGCCUAGCUACACCUCCAUAUCCGCCUGCCUGCCCGCCCGCCUGACUCAUCAGCUCUCCUCUCUCCGAUCGAUCUCCCGUGUAAUUUCUCAGGCGAGCGAGAGCGAUUGGCGAGCAAGAAGCAGGCUUGAGAUUAAGAGUUCGAUCGAGAGGUAGCGGCCAUGGGGAGGGCGCCGUGCUGCGACAAGGCGAGCGUGAAGAAGGGGCCGUGGUCGCCGGAGGAGGACGCCAAGCUCAAGGCCUACAUCGAGGAGAACGGCACCGGCGGCAACUGGAUCGCGCUGCCGCAGAAGAUUGGGCUGAAGAGAUGCGGGAAAAGCUGCAGGCUGAGAUGGCUCAACUAUCUGAGGCCAAACAUUAAGCACGGUGACUUCACAGAAGAAGAGGAGCAUAUCAUUUGCAGCCUCUACAUUAGCAUUGGAAGCAGGUGGUCCAUCAUUGCAGCUCAGCUGCCCGGGCGGACGGACAACGACAUCAAGAACUACUGGAACACCAAGCUGAAGAAGAAGCUCCUCGGCAAGCGCGCGCCGUCGCGCCGCGCGAGGGCGAACCACCAGGAUCCCUACCUCGCCGCGGCGGGCGGCAACAUGUGCAGCACCAGCGGCGGCGGCGGCGGCGGCGGCGUCAACAACGGCGGCAGCGCCACGGCGGCGGCCACGCCGCAAGCCCUAAGCGCGUCGGCCCUCGAGCGCAUCCAGCUCCACAUGCGCCUCCAAGGCCUCUACGGCGCGUUCGGCGGCUGCAGCAACAACGACAACAACGCCGCCGCCGCCGCCGCGGCGCCGCAGUGGCCGAAGCUGGAGACGCUGCUGCAGGCGAACAAGCUGCUCCCGGGGUCGCUGCCGACGGACGCCGUCGCGACGACAGUCAGCGUGCAGCAUCCGCCCCAGCAGCAUCUGGUCGAACAGAGCCUCGCCGGCGUCGGCGCCGGUGCGGCAGUCGUCGAAGCCGCCGAGCAACAGCUCAGCUCCGCGGCCGGUGCAAACUUCAUGGCAGCGGCGGGGAGUUUCGAGCGGCCCAGCAAGCUAGGGUUUUACUCCCCGCCCGCCGAGGCCGAAGCCGCCAGUGCGGAGAUGAUGGGCGGCUACGGCGGCGCCGGCAGCUUCGGUUCCCAUCACGACGAGCUCUACGAGUUCCUGUACAGCAAGUACGGAUCGCUGGGCGGCGGCGUGGCGGCGCAGGGCGGGCACAUCCCGCCGCUGCCGGAGCUGCAUCAGUGCCCGGACGGCGCGGCCGCCGACGAGAAGUUCUCGACGUGGACCACGGCGUCCUGCGAUUACGGCGCGGCCGGCCAUCAUCAGCUCCAAGGGAACUCCAUUGGUGGUAGCCUGCAGGAUUACGUGCUAGGCGAGUAUGGUCAAUAGUGAUAGAGUUUUGGCGUAUAUUUGCCGUGUGCUAUACAUAGUACAUCCGAUCCAAUUGAUAGUUGGUAAUUUGGUACAUGUAUGUUUGGUAAUUUGAUCUUAAAAUUGCUGUUAAUAUAUAUACGUGAAUG